AUGGCUGAGGUUAUUGGUAUUGCUUCGGGCCUUGCUGGCUUAGUGUCCUUAGCUCUCGAGUCGAGCCAAACGCUAUUUAGAACUGUUAAAAGCCUUCGCAACCGAGAAAAGUCUAUUAGGGAUCUCCGAGAUGCAUUGCAAGACCUUGAUGAGGUGCUAAACAUCCUCCGGGAAUCAAUUAGCGCCGCCCCGUUCCCCAACAGCGGAAUCCUUGAGCGGCCCCUGGGGAGAUGUUUCAAAGCAUGCAAUGAUUUUAACGCAUUGAUCAUAAGUUGUUCUAAACAUUCGAACGACGAUAGCUUCAGCAUCCGAGAUUGGGCAAAAUUGCGUUAUAUGGGCGAAGACGUUGUUGGCUUUCAGACUAUGAUUUCAGGCUACAAAUCCACGAUUACUAUUUUCCUUGCCUACGCCAAUAUGAAUUUGACCAAAACAACGAAAAAUGUCAUCGACGAAUACAACGAACUGGUUGCAGACACCAAAUGCGAUCUCGAACUUCAUCUACAGUCCAUUGAAAAUAGAUUGAAGUCAUUAUCCACCGGGGGUGUUUCUUUAGAAGUGGAAAAAAUCAAUGUUCAGAUGAUGGAAGAGGAAAAAGAAAGCACCCAGCAUGGCCUCGAAAUUUGUGAUCAAUUUUCUGCUUAUAUAGAGCAGACAAGAGCCACUUCGCUAAUGAAAAUGACUCGAGUUCCUACUACUUCCGAAGUGGAGCCAUCGUUCAUAGAGCACAACAUACCUUGGUUGAUCCUCGCGCAAGCCUUGAACUCUGCAGAGAAGGAGGUCAUUAGUUCUAGGUUAAGGUUACUACAACAUCGCCAUGAGCGAGGGAUUCGGCCUCAAUUGUUGAAUUACCGAAUUGCGCCGCUACAAAACGAUGAAGCAGGCGAGCAGAAUGAAAGUCAAGAAGAGGCCGACAAUAUUAAAAAAUCUCUGAACUUUUUGGAUCGAAUAUCCCAAGAAACAAGCGAAAGCCGAACCAAUCAUUUCGAGGAUGUAACGACUGGCGAUAGAAGUACCCAACUUGUUGUGUCAACGCUAAAAGACCUUGUCUCUGCAAGACGAAUCACUUCGGGAUCUAACUCGCUACAAGUGUUGGGACAGAUUUCUGAUGACUCUCUACAGCAAAUGCUGCGAGAAGGCGAUAAAACCAAAGAGCGCUGA